AUGUCGUCGGUAAGAAAAGUAAACAACUAUCUUGAUCAGAAAAAGAGUUUGACAACUUCAUAUCUUGAGCUUGAUAAUGAUCUUGACAUAUCACCAGAACAAGUGGAGAACUACUUGAACCUAUUCUUCAUUUUAAAGAAACUUGACGAGUACAAGUAUGAAUAUACAGUUGCUAAAUCGUAUAUUGAUAGCCACAAGGAUGGCACUAUUUCAGUUGCAACUCAAGAAUUGUUGAAUGGAAUAGAGCUGAAAAUAAAGGCUAUGGAGGAUGAAAUUGAUAUUCAGGAAUUGAUUUCAGAAGCACCAAAGUUAUCAAUCAUUAGAAAACAAUUGGAAGAAAAUGCCAUCGAAGGCGGCAAAUUAAUUUAUUAUAAUGAGCAACUGAGGCCUGAUAUCAAGCAAAAAUUUUUGGAUGAACAAAUGUACCAAUUGAAAGCGUAG